AUGGCUGCCGACGGACCUAAGCCCGGCUUCCUGGGCAACCUCAACAAAGACCAAGAAGCCAAACUGCAAAAGCUCUGGGCAGUAUUGCUCAAGGCAGGCGAAACAACUCUCAGCAACGAACCUUCCAGUCCCAGCGCAGAGCAGAAUGUCUCUCCGACCCAGCCGCAAAGGCGACAAUCUCUUCUCGGCCGCACGCAAAGCAAUGUCUCAGAAACGAUGCCCGUCGCCAAUACCCCUUAUCAACAGAACAUCAUGAAAUACCUCGGAGAAAUGGGCGCUGGCGCCCCUGAGGCGAAGGCAAUCCAGAAGGCGCUCUCGGAAAUCACCCCCACCGAACUCCGGACGGGAGUCCUCGAUACACUGAAGCACGACCACCCCGACGCAAUGAUGCUACGUUUCCUUCGCGCCCGGAAGUGGGAUGUCCCCAAGGCCUUCGCGAUGAUGAUGGAGGCGAUCGUAUGGCGUGUGAAGGAAAUGCACGUGGAUGAUGAUGUUAUGGCGAAGGGCGAACUGCACGCCCUCAGACAGACCCAGAACAAAUCAAGCACGACUGAUCAGAAAGCCGGUCAGGACUUCUUGUCUCAAAUGCGCAUGGGAAAGAGUUAUGUGCAUGGUGUUGACCGAGUGGGUCGGCCAAUCGUCGUUGUCAGAGUUCGCUUGCACAAGCCCGGCGCUCAGACGGAGGAGUCACUGGAGCGCUAUAUUGUUCAUGUCAUUGAGUCGGUGCGACUCACGCUAGCUUCUCCCGUUGAGACUGCGGCGGUUUUGUUCGAUAUGACAGGGUUCGGAUUGUCGAAUAUGGAAUAUCCGCCGGUCAAAUUCAUCCUCAAGUGUUUCGAGGCCAACUAUCCGGAAUCACUAGGAAUUAUGCUCAUUCACAAUGCCCCCUGGGUCUUCUCAGGAAUCUGGCGACUCAUCCGAGGCUGGAUGGACCCCGAAAUUGCGGCCAAGGUCCAAUUCACCAACAGUGUCUCCGACUUGGAAAAAUUCAUUCCCCGUGACCAGAUUGUGAAAGAAAUGGGUGGAUCCGAGGACUGGUCUUAUAAGUAUAUCGAGCCAACUGAGACCGAGAACUCUAUGAUGGAGGAUACCACGACCCGGGAUGCUCUCAGAGCUGAGCGAUCCAAUAUCGGAGAUGAGUUCCUGGGCGCGACAUCUUCGUGGAUCGAUGCAACAAAAUCAAAGGACGCGUCCAAGAUUCAAUCGGCAGUGAGCGAGAGAGAUUAUUUGGUGGAGCGACUGCGGGUGAAUCACUGGAAGCUUGAUCCCUAUGUUCGAGCCCGCCUCUGCUUGGAUCGGAUGAAUGUGAUCCAACCGGGUGGCAAGAUUGAUUUUUAUCCCAAGGACGUUGACGUUGAUGCCAUCAAGGCAUCAAAAGUGGAACAUCUAGAGAGUAUCAACGGGGCAGUGGCGCAGCCAGUCUCAUAG